AUGCUCAUUACCCUCGAACUCUUUCCUGUCUCACAACGCGGACCCGCUGGUGGAGCGGCCGUAGCGACGAGUUGGAUAGCCGCCUACGUGGUCACUCAGUCCUGCAAACCGUUAAUAAAUAUGUUUGGUGAAUUUUUUACCUUCUUAUCUUACGCUCUCUUCACUGCUGCCGGCUCCGUCUACUUCAUGCGUCAUCUGCCGGAGACUAACCAGGCUUAUCUUUCUUUUAACGCUCCUACGUCUAUUCCUGUCUAA